AUGCCCUUAAUGAAUCGCCUACUUAGUAUCGUUGUGCUUGGGAUUUCCGCAGUUCCCUCCGUACUAUCCUUCACGCCGGGCUUCAGUUAUGGUUCCGAAAAAGUGCGGGGUGUUAAUCUUGGCGGCUGGCUUGUCCUAGAGCCUUGGAUCACCCCAAGUAUAUUCGAGAAUACUGGCAACGAUGAUAUCGUCGAUGAGUGGACCUUUGGCGAGUACCAGGACUACGACACCGCGAAGGCGGUUUUACAAGACCAUUGGAACUCUUGGAUCACUGAAGAUGACUUUGAAGCCAUUGCAGCAGCAGGCUUGAACCAUGUUCGUCUCCCUGUCGGUUACUGGGCAUUUGCUGUCGGUUCAGGAGAACCGUACAUAACUGGCCAACUAGACUAUUUGAAGAAGGCCAUUACCUGGGCGUCGAACCACAACCUCAAGCUCAUCGUCGACCUUCAUGGUGCCCCUGGCAGUCAGAACGGUUUUGAUAAUUCUGGUCAAAGAAUGUCGUAUCCGACAUGGCAUUCUAACCAGACCAACGUCGAUAGGACAAAUGCGAUUAUCAAGACAAUUAUUUCUAUGGUCGACUCAGAGUACGAAACAGUGCCUAUCAUUGCACCAUUGAAUGAACCUGCAGGAUUCGACGGUGAUGAUGUGCUCACAGUCGUGAAACAGUAUUGGUAUGACUCAUAUCCUUACGGUUCAUCGACACAAAGUAACACUGUUGAGCUCAUUCAUGAUGCGUUCCAAUCUCUCAGUUAUUGGGAUGGCUUUAUGGUCGAUGGAUACGACGGCGUCGCAAUGGACACUCACAUCUACCAGAUGUUUUCAGACGAGCAAGUUGCCUACAAUUAUUCCCAGCACAUCAAGGAGGCAUGCAGUCAUGGGUCCGACCUCGCCGACUUUGACUUGUGGAUAAUUGUUGGUGAAUGGACCCCUGCAUCGACAGACUGCGCGAAAUGGUUGAAUGGCCGCGGCGUUGGAGCACGCUAUGAUGGAAGCAUGUCAGACUCAACCCGGGUCGGCAGCUGUACGGGCAAAACGGGCAAUGCUACAUCCUUCAGCUCGGAUUACAAGACCUUCAUGCGCCAGUACUGGGAAGCUCAGGUCAUCUCCUAUGAGAAAGGUAGUGGGUGGAUUCAAUGGACCUGGAAGGCUGAGGAUGCGGAUGACUGGAGUUACCAGGCUGGGUUGAAGUAUGGAUGGAUACCACAGGACCCAACUGACUUGGAGUACCCGGAUAUCUGCGACUGAAAAAAUGGCAGCCUCGAGUGGAACCAUCGACGAACUAUUACAGCGCAUUCAUUUGGGACUCAUUGUGGCAACUUGAUAGCAACCUAUAGCUACAUAUACCAGGUUAUACCCGUACUUACUACUAUAUCAUCCCGUUUAAUCGAUCUUUCUCCAAAUGCCAGUGCAUUGACCAUCCAGGAAGACUCUCGAAGACUCCGCCCCAAGCGCUUCCUUAGGAACGGUGUUCUGGUGUCGAGGCUACCGUGAUGUAAUAGUCUCGCCAAUGGACCCACAAGUGAAUUCAUAAACUUCAACAAGCAUUUUGGAGCACAACUCCGCACUCCAAACUUCCAUCCGGUAAGUGAUCAUUCCAUUCUAGAUCUUUGUCCACUCCGUAGUAGACCUGAAUCGCGCCGAGAGGGACUCUAUUU